AUGAAGUCUAAGACUCCUACUCUCGUUAAGAUGAAGUCCAAGACUCCUACUCUCGUUAAGAUGAAGUCUACGACUCUUACCUCUAAGUCCCCUACUACGCAAAAACUUAAGUCUUUUACCCCGGAUAAGUCUAAGAUUGGCUCGGCUAAAACUAAAGCGAGCGUUGUAGGUAUUAAACGUUGUCGUGAAAAGGUUGAUAUCGACUCCGACUCCGACACCGAUUCCGAAGAAGUAGAAGCGACUAGUGAGAGUGACACUAGUGACGAGAUCACCGACUUCUUAUUUGAUAAGGAUGAAUACUCUAUUGCUAUGGAGCUUGCUAUGGCUAAGGAGGUGGUCCAUUAUUACUUCGAAAAUGUAGCCCAAGCCUAAAAGCGUGUUGUUAAACUGGAGGCGAAGUAGGCGGCAGCUUUGAAGAAGGAGAAGCAAGAACGUCGCAAGAAGCAGAAGUAAGAACGUCGUAAGAAGUCCAAGCUUUCCCCUAAAGGUAAGAAGUCUAAGAAGGCUUGAGUUAAGAUAAGGAUGAUAUAAAGCUAGAUGAUACGAGCCUGGUGAAUUCAAGAUACGGGUUAUUUAGAUGAUGAGGUUAUAUUUCCUCGAGCUAGGCAUUAAGUCUUUUG